AUGAAUAAUUUACAAGAAAAGGAGCAUAGCAAUAAUCUAUAAGGUUCAGAGUAUUAAUAAAUAAUUCCCAUCCUAUCUUAACCUUCUGUUGAGAAUUGGAAAAGAUUUACAUUUACAAUUAAGGAAAAGUAAUAUAUAUACUAAGGUCCAAUAAAUGAAGAGACAGAAGAGUUAAUUUAAGUCUUGCAAAAUUAAGAGAAUUAGGAUAAUAAUUCUGCAAAAAGUGGUUUUCAUUAUCUUUUUUAAGAAUGCUUGAAUUGCGAAAAAAAAAUCUACAAAUAAUGGAGCUGUUUAAAUGAAAAUUUAAAAUUUGAUACGAACUAAAUUAUAAUUACGAUAGUGUAUUGGAGUGCAUAUUUUAGUGUUCUUUCAGAAUCAUUAGUAUUUAAUAUUUACAUUUAGGAAUUAAAAAAUGAUUCAAACUUAAAGAAUAAUCAAUUAAAGAUAGAUAUUGCUUAAUAUAUGCCAUUGUACGCAUUUUUAUUCACUUUAUUUUCAUAAAUGUAAAUAAUAAAAUAUUUUUAAUAGUUGUUAUUAAAUAAAAAAUACUUAUAUAUGGAUUUUGUUGUUUUUAUUCUUAAUAAUAAUACCCUUAUUAGUUUUAUUAGGUUAUCAUUUUAAUGCAUUUGCAAAUAACAGCUCCCCUUCAUAUGAUUAUAUAGGAAUUGGAUUUUGUAUAUUAAGUUUCUUAAUAUUUAUAAAUUCGUUAUUAAACAAAAGUUUUUAUUCAAAAGUUUCUGAAUUAUUUUCAGAAUUGAUAGCUACUUUAUUUAAUUGCAGUUACUGCAUUCUUGUGAUAUAUUUUAUACUUUUUAAAAUUAUAGCUUUUUUUCUAAUACUAAAGACAAAUAAUAUUGAAUAUAUAGUAGAGAACUUAUCAGAUUUAAUAGCCCCAUAAAUAUUUAUAAUAAUGCUAAUUUACUCAAUAUUUAUAAUAUAAGCAUUAUUUAGCUAAAGUCCUGAACAAAUAGAAUUUGACUUAAAAAUUUUAUCACUAAAAGAUUAACCAGAUCAAUAGAUACAAAAGCAAUAUUAUAAUUAUAUAUUAAAUAAGAAAGCAAUUAAUAUAAUUAAAAAACUAAAAUUAUAAACUGUUGCACCAAUAUUGAUAACAAUAAGUUAUUUAACUCUUUAAAUUUAUUGUUAUACUGGAUGGCUUUAUUUUAAAUCAAUUUAGAAUUAUGAAUUAACAAUUACACAUGGAUGUUUGUUUAUAGGAAUACCAAUAUUUAUGUCUUUUGGAGUUUUUUUAGCUAAUUCUAAUUUAAAUCCAUUUAACUUAUAUUUAUACGGUUCAUUAUUAUUAGGUGCAGGUUUUAGUGUUAUAACAAUUAAAGUUUGGAACUUAACAUAUGAUGCUUAAUACUUUUAAUCCAUUUCUAGAUUGUUUGGUAUAUGUCCUUUAAUAAUAACUUUAAUAUGGUUGACAGUAGGAUAUUUUAGAUCAUGGAGAAGGAACCAAAAAAUGUUUGUUUUAAUAAUUUCUUGUUUUUUUUUUGCGUUUCCAAUUGGAUUUUUAUUCACAUUAUCAUAAGCUUUAAAUGAUUAUGGAAUUUAUGCUAGUUCUAUAGUAUUGAUUAUUAUUGGAUGCGUUCCAGUAGUAGGGAUUAUUGUAUAUUAUUUUAUAAUUGUUAUUAUAUACAUCGUUAAAUUACCUUAGUAAGCAUUAAAUUUUGAUUUUGGUGCAUUUUAAUAUGUAAAUUUAAUUAAUUUAGCAAUCUGGUUUAAUUCAAUAUGCUAUAUAAUUGGAUUCUAUUUUAUAUGCUAUUUUGUUUGGAAUGAGCCAUCUACUGCUACUGGAACAAAAAAAGGAGCUGUAAUAAUUUAUAUUAUAAAAGAUGUAAGGACUUCUUGUAAUUUUAUCAGUCUUAUUUAUUUUAACAAAAUAAGCUUUAGAUUUAAAAAUAAAAGACAAUUCAAAUGAUUAGAAAGAAUAAUAACAAAAGUAAUUAGAAAGGAUUGACAAUCUUAUAAGAAGUGGAAUAUUUUAUCCAUUUGUGAUAUUAUUACCAAUUGGAUUAAGUUUGGAUAAUGAAACAACUAAAAAUGCUUUAAUUUCUAAUGCAAUAGGUUUACCAGUAGUUUUUAUCUAUUUUAAUUUUUUGAUCUAUUUAAAAAAAGAGCUUAGUGAAUACUAAGACUUUUUUUAGCCUCUAAUUAUAAUACUUAUGUAGAUUUUUAUUAUUGGGCCUAUAGGUGUAAUAUUUCCAAUAUUGGCUGAUAUUUAUGAAAAUUCUUCAUCUUAAUUUUCAGUAUUUGCAUAAUUAGCUGUAGCUUAUACAAUUUUAAUAGCAAUUAUAAUAAUUACUUGUAUAUCAAAUGUUUAUUCUGUUUUGUUGAAUAAAGAAUAAUUAGAAAUGAAAAAGAAGGAAGUACUUAAAAUAAUUAUGCAACUUUUGGCUAAUCACAAAGUAUAAUCAACAGAAGAAAUCUGUACAUUAAUAUUUUUGAGAUUUAUUCAGUAAAAUAAUCCUAUAAAAUUAAAAAAUGAUUUGAAAAAGGGAGAUCCAGUUAAUGUUUAUGAUUAUCCAGGAGUAGAUAAGGGUAGGAUGUUUGAUGAACAAUUAGUGACUAAAUCAGAAUAUGAGAAUAAAAAAAAGUUAGAAUAAAUAUCUAAAUAAAAAAAAGGAGGAAUUUCUCGUAAUCUAUUAGAGGAUGAAACUGAUUAAUUAAAAAAAUCUAUUUAAAAUAAUGAGGAUGAUCAAUCAGAAAAUUUAAGUUAUUAAAUAAUAGAUUUUGUUUUUGAAUGCAUAUUUUGUAAAUGUGGUUUUGAAGAAAUGGAAGAGAUAGAAAAAAAUAAAUAAUAAUUAGAUGUAGAAUUAUUAGAGUUAGAUUAUUGGAAAGAAAGAGAAUCUAAAAGAGUUUAAGGAAUUCUUUAACCUAAUGAAGCUGAUCUAAAAUCUGCAAGUGAUAUAGAUUUUUAUACUGCAUUAAGAACUAAAUAUAAAGAUAGAACUGAAAGAUUUUGGGCUGCUAUUUAUAGUAAGUUUAGAAACAAUUUAAAUGUUGUUUUAGAUUAUUUAGAUUUAGAGAGAAAUGAUGAUAUAUUAAAAUAAUAUUAAAGUUUUAAGAUUUUGGAAGAUGAUGAUUUUACUAUGUCAUAGAAUGAUUUUGCUCUUUUUCUCUAUGAUAAUCUUUAAAGAGAUGACCAAAAAAAUUAUUAUAAUUUAAUUUGGGAAAUGGCAGUUAAAAAGUAUUAUUUAUUUGUUUACAAUUAUAAUGAUUUAAGAUAAAUUUUGAAAAUACUUUAAAAUAAUACUAACACUCCUUUUCAUUAAAAAAACUUUAAAUUACCCUCUAAUAAUGAGAAAGAACGAAGAAAAUUAGAAAAAAAAGAAAGAGUUAAAAGUAAUGAAAAAAUCGAAUUGCAAUAUUAAUAAAAAAAAUAAAUUAUAGAAAAUAAUUUUUAAUAAAAAAUCCCAAAAAAUUUAAAAGUUAAUUUUUGGUAAUUUUGUUAAAAAGUUAAUCAAAUAUUAUGGAUUAAACCUAGAAUGUACUCUUAACAACUUGUGAGUUAAUUAAUAAAUUCAUUAUUUUAAAAAAUAACUCCACCAGAACCAGAAUAAGAUAAAAUAAUUUAAAAUGUAAAAUGGGAACAAUUAGCUGAAAAAGUAAGUGAUUGUAUGGUUGAUUAAUGUAAUAAGUUUGAUAAGAAAAUAAAAGAUUAAGAAUUUAUAUUGAAAUUUACAUCUACUAAUGUGUUAGCUGUUUUUUUAAGAAUUUAUGAUUUAUAUGGAUUAGCUACUCUAGCAUUUGAUUCUUAAGUAGGAUGGUUUGGAGAUUCAUAAACUUUAAAUCCAAUAAAAAUGGUUGAUUAUUCAGCAGUUUGGAGUGAAUAUAAUUUAUUUUUCUUUCUAGCUCUUUCUUUGAGCAUAAUUUAUAUUCUUUUGGGAUUUGAGGCAGCAAAAUAAAUAGCUAAUAAUACAUUUGGAUUUGACGAAAAUGGAACUAUUGCAACAUACAAAAGUAGAAGAUACUGGUUGAGUAAAACUAUUUAACUUGUAAGUGGAUAAUUCAUUUUUGUGAUGAAAAGUUACAUAGACGCAUUUAUUUGCGAUUAUAAUUCAUAUCCAUAUACAUUAAUAAGGUAACCAAGUGUUGAAUGCAUGAGUGAUAUACAUUUUAUGUAUGUUACUUUAGCUAUAUUUGGUAGUAUUAUUUAUUAUCCAUUAUCAUCCUAUUUAUAACCUACAUUUUAAUAUAUGGAUCACUCUUUAGAUUUAAAAUACAAAUCCAAUUAUUUUGUUUUAUAUAUUUAGGCUAAAUUAUUAAUUUUGGGUAUGAGUUCAGUGUUCUCAAAUCUGUAAAGCUAGGCAUAUUAAUAUUAAAUGCUUUUUUCGAGUAUUGUCAUGAUAAUCCUCAUUUAUUUCCAUGUCAGAAUUAAACCAUGUUAUGUAAAAUGGUUUAAUAAAAUAGAAUUAAGUAUUUUAACUAUUCUACUUUAUGUAUUUAUCUUAUAUGUUAAUUUAGAUGUAUUUUGGAGCAUUUUUAAUACUAGCUACAGGAUCAAUAAUCACAGGAUGGCUAGUUUUAGGAUUAAUGAGCGCAAUAACAUUAAUAUUUACUAUCGUUUAGCUAAUUAAAUACUAUAAUGAGGCAAAAUUAAUAUAAUCUACUAGAGUUUAACCAAUAAAUGAACCAACUGAAUAGUCCUAGAUAUUAAACAAAUGA